AUAAUAGUAGUAGUACUAAUUUCACGAGUCGUCCAUCACUUCCCUAUUUUACCACGUGUUCUUCUUCUUCUUCUUCAAUCUUAAACUCUUCUACCCAUCCUUCCGUAAUAAACCCCAAACCCUAAUUUUACUCUGAGAAAAUCACAUGGCCUUUAGGCUCAGUUCUCGCCUAGCUUCUCGUCUCCUCCGCCCUACCAUCCUCUCCAAACCCUCCCUCCACCACCACCACCACCACCAAAUCUCCACCCUCUCCAAAUCACCAUUCCUAAUCCACCUCCUCGAAUCUCAACCUUCGAUCUCUCUCCCUCCCCACCUCCGCUUCUUCUCCACCGUCCGUCGCGUCCCUACCCGCCCCCCCCGCGUCGACAUCGGCGCACGUGCCCGGCAGAUGCAGACCCGCCGCCUCUGGACCUACGCCCUAACCUUCAGCUGCAUCGCCGGCUUCAUCGUCAUCGUCCUGAACAACUUCCAAGACCAAUUGGUUUUCUACGUCACCCCAACCGACGCGCUCACCAAGUACAAUUCAAACCCUAGCAAGAACAAAUUCCGCCUCGGCGGCCUCGUCCUCGAGGGGAGCGUGAACCACCCGGCGAAUUCCUCUGAGAUGGAAUUCGUCGUGACCGAUUUGAUCACGGACAUUCUGGUUCGGUACGAGGGCAGUUUGCCCGAUUUGUUUAGGGAAGGGCAUUCUGUGGUAGUGGAGGGGUUUGUGAAGCCGAUGGAGGAUGUGGUUAGGAAAGAGACGGGGGUGUCGGCGAAGAUUGUGAGUGUUUCGGGGAAGGCUAGGGGUGGGGAGUGUUAUUUCUCGGCCACGGAGGUGUUGGCGAAGCAUGAUGAGAAGUAUAUGCCGAGGGAGGUGGCUGAGGCAAUUGAGAAGAAUAAGAAGAAGAUCGAGGCAGGAGAAGGAGGGGGGGAGGAGGAGGAGAGGAGAGGAAAGAGCGCGUAGAUUAGCAUUUAACGGGUAUGAUACAGAUUUUGAUCUUAUUAUUGAAUUACUUGAUAACUAUACUUGUUUUGUGUUUCAAAAAAAAGUUUUGUGAUUGGAGGGAUAGUUAAAAUUGAUCGAGGCCUUUUGGUUUCCAAUUUUCUGUUGUAGCACAAUGAUAUUGUUUCUAAUUAUUCAAUUGUAUUGUGCCCAUGGGUAUGUGGGGUUCAUGCUUGGAUUUGAAUGGAAUAGUGAAUAAAUGCCUUUCAUUCAUUGAAUGAAUAUUGUGGAA